CAAGUCUCGGGAAGUGUGUGCCUUUUAAUCGCCCCUUUCCUGAGCGGAGAGCCUCGACUCGCCCGCUUCGCCUCGCUCGAGUCAGUGCCGCAUUCCACAGACCAAAUGACAGACUGAAGGAACCUAUUUUCGUACUUAGUUUCAGAAAGUAAACUGUAGGCUACUGACUUUAACUGAAGCUUAGAAAAACAUCUGGGAAGCUACUUCUGACAAGCUAUUCAAAAUAUUUUUGCACUUGAAAACUUAAAGUUUAGAGACCUUUGCCAACUUUUUGCACCACCCAAAGAAUUAUAAUUUUUUUACAAACUGUAUAUACUAUUUAAUUUUGUGUUUUUUUAAAUUUUGAUACAUUUUGCAUUUUUCUAUAAAACCUUAGUCUACUGUUAGUCCAUAUUUUUGUAGAAUACUUGCGACGAUGGCAGGUUUGAACUCUCUGGACGCAGUUAAAAGAAAGAUCCAGGCGCUGCAGCAGCAAGCGGACGACGCGGAGGAUCGCGCGCAGCUUUUACAGCGCGAGCUGGACAGCGAGCGCGAGCUGCGCGAGAAAGCAGAGGGAGAAGUGGCAGCACUGAACCGCAGGAUCCAGCUGGUGGAGGAGGAGCUGGACAGGGCCCAGGAGAGGCUGGCUACCGCGCUGCAGAAACUGGAGGAGGCAGAAAAAGCAGCUGAUGAGAGCGAGAGAGGCAUGAAGGUUAUAGAGAACCGGGCUAUGAAGGAUGAGGAGAAGAUGGAGAUCCAGGAGAUGCAGCUGAAGGAGGCCAAGCACAUUGCUGAGGAGGCUGACCGCAAAUACGAGGAGGUGGCCCGUAAACUGGUGAUUCUGGAAGGGGAGUUGGAGAGAGCUGAAGAAAGGGCUGAGGUGGCAGAACUCAAGUGCAGUGAUCUGGAAGAAGAAUUAAAAAAUGUUACCAACAACCUUAAGUCUCUAGAAGCUCAGUCUGAGAAGUACUCAGAAAAAGAAGACAAGUAUGAGGAGGAGAUCAAGGUUCUUAGUGACAAGCUGAAAGAGGCUGAGACUCGCGCUGAGUUUGCUGAGAGGACAGUGGCCAAACUUGAAAAAUCUAUUGAUGAUCUUGAAGAGAAAUUGUCUAGUGCCAAAGAAGAGAAUUUGGGAAUGCAUCAAGUUCUGGACCAGACACUGCAAGAAUUGAACAGCUUGUAAAAAUACAGAAUAAUAAGGAGAGGGAGAAAGAAUUCCUGAAACAUUCCAUAAAUAUUCAUUGUCAUUCCAACUUUUAAGCUGCAGGGCUUUUUUCUCAGAAAAAGAGGGAAUUAAUCUUUCUUAGUAAUAUCUCCUCCGCCAUAUUUCAGAUGAGCCCUUCCCUCCCCUGAGUCACUGCUUUCAUUCUGUUACAGCACCACCAAAUUAUCAGAUACAUAACCCCUUCCACAUUAGCCCCAUAUGAAAAAAGAAAAAAGUUUGCAACAUUUAUUUUUUUACAGAUAUCUUGUUUACACGCCAUCGGAAUCGCUGACAUGGGGUGUGUUUGGUACUUCCUGUGAGAGUGAAGGACAGCUCUUGGAAAUGCAGGAAGGACAAGCUGUUCUGUGCCUUCCACUGAUGCAAUUAUUAGCAUACCUUUCUGUACAAGUUUAGUUUUAUAAUUGGCAUUACAAAAUUGAUUAAGGAUGGGACAUUGGUGGGCAUUUUCUGGUAAUAGUACAAGAAAAUAUUUAAAUAAGAUAUGUUCUGUAAGUCAGGAUUAAAUGUAAAGACCUUUAGUUUGCCACACAUGUGCAUUAUUGGUACAGAACAUAUGCAGCUUGAACCAAGUUGUGAUCUCUACUCUUUUAUUCCAAGAUAUGUCUUUGAGACCCACUCAGGGGUAACAUGGAUAAUUCUGCAUUCUAGCGUCUACAUAUUGAGUCACGCCACGUAUUUAUGCGAGUAAAAAGGAAUCAUGCCAGAUCCAACUACGCACUGAAAUCCCAAUCUAGAAAAGCAUAUAAGAACUGUACAUAGUUGAUGCUGAGUUGUCCAGAACUGAAGGAGACUGACUCCAACAUUGUCUGACCAUCAUUCUGUUGGCAACUUGACAUUAUAGCAUACAUUAGAUCUUUUACACCAAGAAAAAAAUACAUCUUAAUUUUUAAAUGUUGUUUUUUUAUUUCUUAUAUAUUUUUUUUAUUAAAGUGAGGACUCAUGGACAUUCUUGGAUUAUGAAACAAGUGCCUUACAUUUGCCUCACUUAUAUGUAUUAAA